AUGUCAACCACAUCAUCUUCGUUUCCCAAUCUCGAUACUCCCGAUCGUUCUCACACACCCGAUUACACUCGGAAGACGACCCGACACUUGUCUGAAUUUGAUCCGGAUACAACUGCAUUAUGGGGGCUGGUGUUGUUAUUGGGGACAUACAUUGUUUUCGUUGUCAGUAUGUAUGCUAUCGUUGUUAGUAAGUUGGUACCAGAGACUGGGAACAAGAUACUGGAUUGGAUAAAGCAUGAUGAAUAUUAUUGCCUUUUGGUCCCUGUUACUUUGUCAGUAACAGUAUAUGCCGUGUUUUGGAAUUGGAUGGGCAUGAAGUUCUUUAGGCACAAUUAG